AUGAACCAACACACCAUCAGCUACGGACUUAUUCCUCCACAAUCUCCAAGGAAUCAUGAUAUGCAUAUCCUGCCUAUUCUGAAGAUUAUGCAUUUGGAAAAUGGAUUUCUUCUUACAUGUGGUCGUGAUGGAUGUUUGGUUAAGCAUUGUUAUAACGAGAUCUCUACCAAGUACCAGAAGAGGAUUAGAAUGCAGGUGAAUAGUGAUUGGGCGUGUGAUAUGGUGCAUAUUGGUGAUGGUCGGUUUCUUACGGUGAGCCAUGAUUUUUCUGUGAAUUAUGUUGUUUUCCAAGAUUGCAAUGAUAGCUGGAGCGCUGUGAAGUUGGGGUAUCAUGAUGAUUAUAUCAAGUGUGUUGCAUUGCUGCCCAGUCUGCGUGGUAGUGUGGAUAGUUCUAAGAGUAAUUAUGAAAGCGAUGGGAGUUUACUUGCUGUGCAGGAGGAAGAAGGAGGGGAAGAAGAACAGGAGGAGCCGGUUAGGUUUGCUACUGCCGGGUUGGACAAGAAGGUCAAGUUUUGGUCAUUGAGUGGAGAUAAGGCUAUGUUAGUUUGCCAGUAUGACAAUGCGCAACCACAUGAGACUGGUUCUAUUUAUGUUCUUUGUGCUUUGUCACCUUACCAGGUCAUUAUAGGUGAUAACAAUGGGGAUCUUAAACUGAUAUCUGCUCUUAAUGGGGAAUUGUUGUAUACCUUACCCAAGGCGCAUGACAGUAAUAUAAAGCUGGCACAGUUGUUUGAUGACGGUAGAUUCUUAAUUACAACCAGUUCCGAUAGCUGUAUUAAAUUAUGGGAUGUAUCCGCUCUGCGAGCCGGUCUCUUAGCAUCUGCAUUGAUUUACCGAUGGGAUUGGCAUUGCGCGGUGUGGAGUUUUGCUAGUUGUUCUAGUGACCAAUUUAUUCUAGGAGAUGCUAGUGGAACGCUUACGUCCGUGCGUCGACAGCCAUGUUCUGGAACGCCGCAGCAUUACACGAGUGGUUGGGCACAUGCAAAGCAGAAAGUUCUAUACAACACCGUAGCUGCAGGUAGCGGCGGUGGCAUUCUAGCCAUCUCUCUUGAUCCUCGCGGCGACAAACUGUGGUUCUCUUCGUCGGCUAAUUCAAAUCUCUAUCUACUGAACCUGGACAGGCCAAAUAUAACUAACGUAAGCACUAUAGAAGGUGGCUCUGCUCUUCUGAAGAGCUGUCUUUUAACUAACAGACGUCAUGUAAUAACACUAAACACUUUGGGCCAAGUCCAGAAAUGGGAUAUUGUAUCGUGUAAGCUUCUAGACACGUUUGAACCGGAAAUUGGUUCUUUUGAUGAGCUGGUUACCAAAAACAAUACAAAAGAAGUCCUGUCUCACUGGUGUUCGGUAUCUAUCAAGACUGGCAUGCUGUUUGUAAUAUUUAACGAACGGUUUGUCUCUACGGAAGUCUAUGGUACUGCACUGAAAGAAUAUAAGAUCGUUAAUGGAGUAGAUAUUAAUGAUGAUCAAUGCUAUAACCUCGGCCGUAUAGCCCUCAACUCCAUUCUUCAUGACUUUAUCCGUUAUGAAACAAAGAUGGAUAAACUAGUGCGGACCGAGGUAGCGGGCCCACGAAGACCGUUGCAGACACUAAGUUCCAACAUGGUACCGGACGGUAACGGCAGUUACAGCGGCUCUACCAACGGUGCAGGUACAGGUAGCAGUAUGGCUUCAUUCCCAGGGCCUUUGUCGGCAACUGAAUCUAAAGGGAAGGAAAGGAAAAGACUGGCACUUUUCACUAAACUUUCCACAACUUCUAGCUCGACUGUGAACACGUCAGGUAACAUAACACCAACAUCAGAACCUGCAACGCCAGUUUCAGACUUGCGUUAUCUCGCUAAUAACGGUGGAAGCAGGCUGCACAUAGAACAACAACAACAACAAGCAGAGAAUUUGGUACUUGCUAGCCCUGCAACAGCCCCACACCUCUCUUCAAAUUGCAAUGGUCAUAUUAAGCCGUUGGGGCCACCACCUUCCACAGCACCAGAAAUUGGCUCCCGGUCUAAUUCAAGUAGUGCAUCUUUGCUGUCAUGGCGCUUCCGCAAACAGCAAGCCAUAUCUAGGCCUUCUACAGCUAACGUUAACUGCACGGAAUCUUCCUUACCUCAACAUGAUAAUUCCACUGUUGAUAACCAAGCGAACAUGUCAGCGUCUAACAAUGUUACAAUCAGAGGUUCGCCCCCACCAAGAAAACGUCCUGGAGCAACGGCAGAAGCCACUACUACAAGACCCACAAAUAUUGCAUAUAUGUGUGAUUAUCUUAAUUCACUCAGGGAGCUAUACCAGCAACAAAUCGCUUCUAAGAGCUCAUUCAAAAAAUUUGGUCGCAAGAUUCCCGAUACGUUGUUCGUCAGAGACACGGAUGCGCCCAUAGUAGAGAUAACCACUGGAUGUUUGCUCCUUGUCAAUUACUGGAGAACAGGAUCUUGUGGCCCCACCGUUCUCUUUUCUACAUUAAUUCCUCCCCCAAACUACGACUGGGAUCUCGAUGACUUUGAUGUUGACAACGAUGAUGGCGCCAUAAAUGAUCUCAAACAGAUAGACCGCAUACACAGAUAUCAAUUGUUUCAAUCACUUGAGCAAAACCUGCCCCAUUGGUUCGCCAAAUUGGUUUUUAAGGAGGAAAAAGUACUUUUGAGUUACCCAAAACUAAGCUUCAUUAUCAUCCCAUGGACUGAUGACUUAUCUACCGCCAAAUCUACUCCUAACAACAGUAAAGAUGAAAAACCUCGUACCUCCUACAGCAUAUUUCACAAACGAACCUCAGAUCCCCCCCAAGCCUUAUCCCAGAUUGUAGAAAACAAAUUGUGUUUAAACGCUCCAGAUAUGACCAAAGUGAAAAGAAUCAAACAGUACAUUGUUGAUCGUUUCGAAUCCAAAACUCCUGAAAUGAAAAAUAAAAUAUCUGCAUCUGAAUGGUUGGAACUCUUGUGCAAAGGCAGCGUUCUGGAUAAUGAAAUGACUUUAAACACCAUAAGAACCUUAUACUGGAAGUCCAACACUGAUAUAACUCUUGAGUUCCGACGUAAGAAAUAUACAGAUAAUAAUAAGCCCCAGUAG